CAGUGCGGACCCUGAGGACAGGACUGUGAGCGACUGUCCUGGAGGAUUCAAGCCGGGAAAAAGGAAACCUGAACUCAAAAGCCAAGGGGAAACGUAAAUACGUUUAUUAAACACAUUUGCGAACCGCAACUUAUUUUAUUUGAUCAAAUAGUGCUAAAGCUGAAGGAAUUGAUUGCCGUGGCGAACUGUAUUGUUUGUUUCAACUUUAUCCAGACAACUUCAGUCUCUGCUGUCGGGAAUUAAUACAAGUCCAUGUUAUUAUAUCAGCAGUAAUUCAAUAAAGAAAACUACAAGACGCGUCAAUAUCUCUUUUUAAGUCAAGCGCGUGUUCCUACUUUGAUGUGGAUUAAAUGAGUGGUGCGCUCACGUGCUCAACUCCUAUCACACAUAAGAGCAGAAUAGUUACACACUGAAGGUUUUGCUGUCCGGACUCACGAGUCAACAUCUCAGCGGGCCACUGAAAUGUAACCAUGGAGCUUCUUAGGAUAUAAGUGCACCCCUGAAGACUGUGCGCCGACAUAAAGGAAGAAAGCGCUGCGGAGUUUCAGUAACACGUAUCCGCAUAAACUAAGACACCGUUGGGACUGAACCCCAGGGAAGCAUCUCUAAUUUUCCAUGAAAGACGCCCGGACCAUGGCCGCCUCCUCACGGGACAGCUGCUUCUGGUUGCUCUGGAGACAGACCCUGCUCGCGCUUUGGCUGUGUGCGGUUGGAGCGCGUGGAGCGGAAGAUGAAAGCGGCUUUAACGCCGAGUCAUGGCUGAGGAUGUAUGGGUACCUGCCCCAGGCCAACCGACAGAUGUCCACUAUGCGAUCAGCUCAGAUCCUGUCUGACGCCAUCAGUGACAUGCAGCGCUUCUAUGGACUGGAGGUGACUGGUCAGAUGGAUGCUCACACCAUCAGUGCCAUGAGGAGACCCCGCUGUGGUGUGCCUGACAAGUUUGGAGGGCAGAUCAAAACCAACGUGCGCCGGAAGCGUUAUGCACUCACUGGACAUAAAUGGAGCAAGAGCCAUCUCACUUACAGCAUUCAGAACUACACUCCCAAAAUAGGAGAGUAUAACUCAUAUGAGGCCAUCCGACGGGCCUUUAAGGUCUGGGAGGCGGUGACCCCACUGACCUUUGAUGAAAUCCCCUACCAGGAAAUCAAAUAUGGACGGCGUAAGGAGCCCGACAUCAUGAUCUUCUUCGCCUCGGGUUUUCACGGAGACAGCUCACCUUUUGAUGGAGAGGGGGGUUUCCUGGCUCACGCCUACUUCCCUGGACCUGGGAUGGGUGGGGACACACAUUUUGAUGCUGAUGAACCUUGGACCAUAGGGAACCACAACAUACAAGGUAAUGAUCUCUUCCUGGUGGCAGUCCAUGAGCUGGGACACGCCCUGGGUUUAGAGCACUCCAGUAACCCCCUGGCCAUCAUGGCACCUUUCUAUCAGUGGAUGGAGACUGAGAACUUCAAGCUGCCUGACGAUGAUCGACAAGGCAUACAACAGAUCUACGGUCAGCCAGACAGCGCUCCCACUCCGGCUCUGCCCACUGUGCCGGCACGUCGUCCAGAACCCAGACCACCUCAGACUCCCCCUCGACACCCUGACCGCCCCAGAACCACUGACAGACCCGAUCACUAUGGGCCUAAUAUCUGUGAAGGGAACUUCGACACUGUUGCUAUGUUGCGCGGAGAGAUGUUUGUUUUUAAGGGUCGGUGGUUCUGGAGGGUGCGCAGGAACAGGGUCCUUGAUAACUACCCCAUGCCCAUCGGCCACUUCUGGAGGGGUCUGCCUGGGGACAUCGAUGCUGCUUACGAGAGACACGACGGCAGGUUCGUCUUCUUUAAAGCAAACAGAUUUUGGCUCUUCAGGGAGGCAAACCUGGAACCGGGCUACCCUCUCGAGCUGGUUGAUUAUGGGCGCGACAUUCCAUAUGACCGGAUAGACACAGCUAUAUGGUGGGAACCAUCUGGCUACACCUACUUCUUUCAAGGAGACAGGUACUGGCGCUUCGAUGAGACGUCGCGGUCAGCUGACAGGGGCUACCCAAAGUCGAUCGAUGUCUGGGAUUCCUCAGUGCCUUCGUCUCCCAAGGGGGCCUUCCUGAGUGAUGAUGGGGCAUACACCUUCUUCUAUAAGGGCUCCAAGUACUGGAAGUUUGAUAACCAACGUAUGAAGAGUGAACCAGGCUAUCCUAAGUCCAUCCUAAGAGACUUCAUGGGCUGUAGUGUGGACCUAGAUCCCGACAGGGACACAGACUCUGGGCGUAAAUACCCAGACCUGAACCGUCCACCAUUCAACCCAGACGAAGGACGUGAUGCUGACAAGGGCAAAGGACGGGAUGGGACAGAUCACGAAGGCAAAGGCUCAGACAAGGACAAGGAUGAAGACUACAUUGAGGGUCGGGAAGAAGACACCAAUGAUGUAGACGUGGUGCUAAAGGUGGAUGACAGUGAAGAACGAACCAUGAACAUUUUGAUGGUGACCAUCCCUCUGGUCCUGGUGAUGUGCAUUCUGGGAUUGAUCUACGCCAUUAUUAACACAUUGCAGAGCAAAGGGACUCCACGGCUGCUGGUGCACUGCAAGCGCUCCCUUCAGGACUGGGUCUGACCCUUGGCUUGAGGAGGCCCUGGACAUUAAAUUACUCCCCUCCUCUGGCCCAGACCUCUUUCUAGUGAUCCAUCUGUGCUCAGUGGUUCUUGCAGCUCUUAGUAAAUGUGGCGGUAGAUCCAUGCUGAUCCAGUACUGAUAAAAACUACAAGCAAACGUAAAUUAUGUCUUACAUUUAGAGACACUGAUACACCACCUUAACCACCUCCCAUCUCCCAUGGUGCUCUACAAUGCGUUGACUGUAGUCUAUUUAUGAGAGAGAACUUUGCACAUUUUUUUCAUGUUGUUUUGUUUUGGUUCCUUCUGUGUGAGACGUCAUGUUGUUAUUAUUAACUCUUAACUAGGAAAGCUGUUCUGUUUUCUGUCUUCUCUGCUAGCCUCUCCUUCUUCCUUUAAUCUCAGCGGGGGCUUUCUCUUUGCGGAUAUCUUAACAUCUGCUCAUGUCAUCUCACAAAGGGUGAGACAAAGCACUAGGCUUUAAACAUGCUUGGUGAUCAAAUCUGUCGUGACAUUUGGAUUCUUGUCUGCCAUACAGUUGAUGGGUUUAACUGGACAUGGUUAGCAUAGAAUCAAUGGAGAUCUGGGAAAUGUUGAAAUCAAACUUCAGGCUUUAAACAAAACGUUGAGUUAGACAAUUAAGGUAGUUAUGUCUUCCCAUGUUGUCUUGGAUUUCUUACAAUCUUACAAUUAGUUUUAUGCUUUCCAGAAAGGUUGGGAUCUGAUCAACAGAGUUGUUUAAAAAAAAUCCAAUUAAACAUGUUUUUCCUUUUUUUAGAAAAGGAUUGGCCAUGUUCAUGCUAACUGAUAUUUUAGAAAUCAGACAUCUUUGAGAUUCUUCAGUCAGAAAAAUGGAUUUUCAAAAAUGCUUUCCAAGGAACCACAACAGCAGUGGCGCCGUUGGUUCCAUUUGGUUCCAUUAGACUAAGAUGUGCUGAGAAAGGUCAUGGCUGACAUGAAAUGCUUCACCCUGUCGCCACACUUCCACGGAUGAACAGAUCAUUACAGAAUGGACUGAAAAGGAUUUAAAGAACAUGUUGCCUCACUAUGUUCUAUUUCAUUUUCACAUUAGUAAGCUUUUCUGGCCUACGAUUAAUUGGGCUUAAAGGACUGCAGUUUGUCCAGAUGCUCCUGUUUUCCCAAAAAGCCCCUCAGCUUGCUCGUUGAGCCCAUCCACUUGGAAACCACUCAUUUUAUAUCGCCACUCAACUAACUCGAACCACUCUCCAUGGGAAUGGAACAGAAAAGAAGGCUACUAAAUGACUUUCAGACCUUGAGAGUGAAACAUGAGCGAUCAUUGUGCUUCAUACAGACACUAAAACUGGUGGGCAGGCGUCCUAAUAAAAAACUGCCUCUAUUCUCUAGUUGCAGCUACAGUAGAGACUGGCUUUAUGCAGUUUGGCUCUCUUUGUUUCAGUUAUUUUGUGUAAAGAAAAACUUCAGCUUCAUCUCUACCUGGGAUGAGAUGAAGGGAAUUUUUUUUUUUUUUUUUACUUUUUUGUUUAUAACAUUCCAAUGAAUAUUUUGGAUGUGUUUUUUUUUUUUGUUGUUGUUAGAAAGUGAGAUUUUUUUUACAUUUGUGUUGUGUUCAAUUCUAGUUGAGUGUGUUAACAAGCCAUGCUGGACAUGUACACAUUAAAAAGUGCUCUGAGAAAAGGAA